GACGAUCCUCGGAAAAUCGAGGAGCGCAAGGAAGAUGAGGCGCAGGAGGUACCUUCGAUCCAUGAAGCUCCCGCCGCGGUGCUCGGAGAGGGCUCUUUGGACCCCGUGUACGAGGCCAAAGCAAAAUUGCUGAACAAAGCUAUCCAGGACAUCGGGAUGGGAAGAUAUCAGUGGCAGCUUUUCAUCGUAAUAGGCUUCGGAUGGGCCUCGGACAACCUCUGGCCGAUCGUCACAUCGCUAAUCUUCACGCCUGUUAAAAACGAAUUCCAACCCACGCGCGCGCCCUACCUCACGCUCUCGCAGAACAUCGGCCUACUCGCGGGGGCCAUCUUUUGGGGCUUCGGAUGCGAUGUGUUUGGGCGCCGCUGGGCUUUCAACCUCACUAUCGGAAUCACCGCCGUCUUCGGCCUCAUUGCGGCUGGAUCUCCGAAUUUUGCUGCUGUUGGCGUAUUUGCCGCGUUAUGGUCCGUCGGUGUAGGCGGGAAUCUACCCGUCGAUUCAGCCAUCUUCUUAGAGUUUCUGCCGCAGAGCCAUCAAUGGCUGCUCACGGUUCUGAGUAUCGACUGGGCCCUCGCGCAGGUUUUCGCGACGCUGGUCGCGUGGCCGUUACUAGGAAACAUGACAUGCCAAGAAACGGAUACGGAUUGCACCAAAGGCGAGAACAUGGGCUGGAGAUACUUCAUGAUUGUCAUGGGAUGCGUGGCCAUGCUCAUGUUCUUUCUACGCUUCGUGUGCUUUACGAUCUUCGAGAGCCCGAAGUAUCUAAUGGGAAAGGGGCAGGACGACGCCGCGGUGAAGAUCGUCCACGAAGUCGCAAGACGGAACGGUAAAACAUCAAGCCUGACAUUGGACGAUCUAACCGUUUGCAACAACCUCGCCCCUUCAACCCUAGGAACGCAACAGCAAUCCCACACUACGGCAGCCGUCAAGCGCAACCUCGAGAAGAUCAACCUCUCCCACAUCAAAGCCCUCUUCGCAACCAAAAAGCUGGCCCUCAGCACAACCCUAAUCACUAUCGUUUGGGCCUUUAUCGGCCUUGGCUUCCCUCUCUACAACGCCUUCCUUCCUUACAUCCAAGCCACGCGCGGCGCUGACUUUGGCGAUGGUUCAACCUAUCUCACCUACCGCAACUCGCUCAUCAUCGCCGUCCUCGGUGUCCCGGGUUGCCUCCUAGGUGGUCUUCUCGUCGAAACACCACGCGUCGGCCGCAAAGGCACGCUCUCCCUCUCCACAAUUCUCACCGGUGUCUUCCUCUUCUGCAGCACCACCGCUUUGACCUCCUCCGCCCUCCUCGGCUGGAAUUGCGCCUACAAUUUCAUGAGCAACAUCAUGUACGCGGUGCUUUAUAGCUACACGCCAGAGAUCUUUCCGACCAAGGAUCGCGGAACCGGGAAUGCUAUCACGGCGAGUGCAAAUAGAGUGUUUGGUAUUAUGGCGCCGAUUGUGGCUAUGUUUGCGGAUUUGGAGAGUGCGGCGCCGGUGUAUGUUAGUGGCGCCUUGUUCUGUGCGGCGGGGCUGUUGGUGCUUGUGCUACCGUUUGAGAGUCGGGGGAAGGCGAGCAUGUAG